CCUAAUCCUAAGCGACAACGCCGCUUUCCCACCCAUCACUCUCCUUCCUUCCGCUUCCCCAUCCCCCCUCCCUCUCUCCUUCCUCCUCUCCCACCGCCGCACCUAUUUUCAUUUUUCAGCCACUACAGCCUUCUGCAAUUCGUCAAAAAUCCAUCACCUCAUCCUUUCUUAACCCGUAAAUGCUCUUCCUCGUUCCAAUUCGCGAAAUGGCUCGGAUUCAAUCCAAGCCUCUGGUGAGACAGGGCAGCUUAGCGAGGAGCUGCUUGCGACGGUGGCGACGGGAUGGAAGCGCCGGGAGCGGGGAGCUGCUUGCUACAACAAGGACUGGCGAUGGCGACUGGGGAUGGCGAUGCCGUCGGGAAGCGCCGAUGCCGGGACAAGAGGUGUUGACGGCCAAUUCCACGAUUGGCCUUUUCUAUUUUUUUUAAGGGUAAAUCAAACGGCCAAACCGCGCGACCGGCUUGAGCGGUUAACCGCUUCGGCCGCUCGCCGGCCGCUGUAUAAAACCGUGGCGGUUAAAUAGCUGAUCCGAGCUGGUUUUACGGCCGGGUGGCGGCUUUGGCGGUCUGGCCGACCGGCUCGGUUCGGCUUUGACAGCACUGCUUUUCUCAAUUAAUUUCUUGUGCACUCGCUUCUUUUUCGUGCUUUCUCCACCUGUAACAUAUCAAACUCAUGGCACUAGACAGUAAUGGUUUUUCAACCAUUUCCGGGUCAGCGAGCCCUAAAAUAGCACCAAUCGACUUAAAACAUACCAUGAGAUAAUCACAUACAGUUCAAGAAGCCGAUAUAUUAAAGUCGAUUAUAAAUAAUCGACGGUUAUGAUACGUCCAAAUAUAGGAGAAAAAAACGAAUACAUCAUCUUAAGGUUUAUAGAUAAAUGAGUUCACAUUCCUACACAAUCAUUUUCGAACUAGCUAUACAUAUAAGAGAAUGAGGGUACUGACAUCCGUGAUGAAGGCAUCUCGAUUUCCACCCUCGCCUACUAAUGCUAAGCUCGCACACCAACAAAGUAUUUACGAAUUUUUUUAAUGGAUUUGUGCAUAAUGUUGAACUAAUGAGACUGGCUCCCUGAUUAUAGAGGUAAAACUCAGCCAAAAUAUUUUUCACCCUACUAGGACAUGGUUUCUUAGACUUAAUACGAAAGCAAGGCCUUUGGGAUCUUUAUUUGAGCUUGGACCUAUGGGUGGCGGCUGGGACGGCCACUAGUUUUCUUCGUGGCUUGAGUUCCUUGGCCCAUAAGAAACUUCUCGUGAAGAUUUUUCCGUGAUUUACCCAAGUUUGCUGGGUAGUGGUUGGACCCAACACUGGGCUGCCACCGAUUCUUGCUUCGUCUUGGGUUUGAGUCUUUCUCCAUUGGGCUCCUCAUGGGCUCUCUAUUUGUGACUUACAGUAGGCUUCUCUAUCAUUGGACCUCGUCUUUUACAUGAAAACUCCUUAUUCUUCUCUCUUUUGCUCCUUUAGUGAUCUAGAUUUGUCCAAUGCUUGAUCUAAAUCCUUCUAAAUUGUAUAUUUACCUUGAAAAGCAUAAAAACAUGCAAAAAAUGCAUAACAGAAUAAAAUAACACAACCUAGGUCUAUUAAAUGCUCAUUGAUCAAAUAAAUAGAAUUUAUGUAUAAACAUAUGAGAAUAUACUCAAGAUGCAUUAAUAGAAGGGGAAAAUGAUUAAAAUAAAUGAGUGAUAAACCCUAUAAAUUGAGUGUCAUACAAAAUAUCCCACACUUGAACUUUGCUUGUCCCCAAUAGCACGUGAGACUCCUAGCCACAUCAAUAUGCAAGAACAUCAGGCACUUUAACCCAAGUCUAAAGAAUUAACUAUGCCUUAGGCCACUCAAAUCCCCACAAGCUGAAUCUAAAAUUAAGACCAAAUUGGGAUCAAACCUGGUCAAGACUGGACCGGAUCAAAACCAGACUGUAUUCAAUUCAAUCUUUGGUCCUUCUAUUCCCGAAAAGAUAGGAUCGGGACCGGAUCAAUUCGGGCCAAUUUAACCGCACCGAACCGUAGAGCCACCCCUAACCGGUAUGAUUGACAUGAUCGAUUUAUGGCCUCUACGUAAAAUGAUGUCGUUUUAUUGAAUUUAUUUAUUAAGAAAUUAAAUUAUCAUUU